CCUCUUUUGGGUCUGGUUUAUGCUCAAACUUCAACACUAGCAGUAGGGCAUUUUAGUCAUUAUGCAGAAGCCAAUAAAAUGUGUCUUGGGCAAUUUAUAUAAGGCAAGAAGAAACAACAGGGGAGACCGUGGACGAGAAUCUGCAGUUCGAGCGGCUGAGCGAGCACCGAGGUAGAAAUUAGCAAAUGUUUCUAAGACAAAAACUGAUUAAGUUGUAACUUUGAGAACAUUAUGAGUGGUGCUCCCAAAAGAUUGCAUGAGGAUGGAAGCCAUCCUACUAAUUCCAAACACCCACUUGAAGAUAGCACCGUUUUUUCUAAUUCCUCAGGGAAACUAACACAGUCAAUUGCCAAUGAAUAUCAUCCACCCUUUGAACCAGGCCCAGAUGGGCGGUUGGCAAAAGUCCCCCGGAUUGAAUCCUGUGAAGCAGAUAAAAGAUCACCUAUUCUUCCAAUUUAUAGGAUGCCGUCAUCCUCUAAUGAAUCAGCUAUGGACCAUUCACUCACUUCAGAGAACAGGAUGGAAUCUAGAGACUCCAAGGACAACAGAGAUUCCAAGGUUGAGAACAGAGAUAUUAAGGCAGAAGGAAGGGAAUCAUACACCGAAGGAAGGGUGGAUUUUCAAUCUUCCAAAGGUGAAAAAGAUGUAAGGAUAGAAGGUAGAGGAGAUGAUAAUAAAGAAUCAAAACAUGAUAGGGAAGCUCAUGCAGGUUUUAAGGGUGAAAUUAAGAUUGAAAAGGAUAGUUUCACUGCAGGAAGUUCUCACUUGAUUUGGAAAGAACCUAAGGAACACCAUAGAGUAAAAAGACAUCCUGAAGCACUAGAUGAUGGUUUAGAUCCAUGGCGUAUGUCACGGACUAAUCUUCAUGGUCCAAAUGAGAUCAGAAAAGAAGCUUUAACAAAUGAAGAGCGGGAUUAUUUAGAAACACAUGACACUGUUGGGGAGAACAAGGUUGAUCUGAAAUCUGAGGAAAAAUUCAAAGAGAAGGAAAGGAAAAGAAAGGAUGAAAAACACAGAGAUUGGGGAGAAAGGGACAAGGACAGAAAUGAUCGUCGAAACAACUUGCAAGUAGGUAAUGGUGGUAGUGAACGGCCAACAAGAGAAGAAAGAGAAACAGAGAGGUGGGAGAGGGAGAGAAAGGAUAUUCCAAAAGACAAGGAGCGACCAAAGGAGAGGGAAAAAGAUCAUAUUAAGAGGGAAACAUUGAAUGGAGCUGAGAAGGAGGGCUUGCACAAUGAGAAGGAUUUGAUGGAUGGAUCCAUCAAAAUACCUGAACAAGAAAAUCCAGUACUAGAACAGAAAAGACACAAAGAAUUUGAUGGCUGGAAAGGUGCUGAUAGGGAUGCUAAAGAAAGGAGAAAAGAAAGGGAGGCAGAUGUAGAAGGAGAUAGGCAUGAAAAGCGCACUAGGUGUUAUGAUAAGGAACCAGAUGAUGGGUGCAUGGAGGGUGAUGGAGGUACUGAAAGAGAAAGAGAAGUUUUUGGUUAUGGUGUCCAACAGCGUAAGAGAAUGCUUCGGCCAAGGGGUACAACACAAGCAGCUAAUCGAGAACCUCGCUUUCGAUCUCGUUCUCGGGAUAAUGAAGGAUCUCAAGGUAAACCUGAAGUAUCAACUGUCACUUACAAAGUGGGUGAAUGCAUGCAAGAACUGAAAAAAUUAUGGAAGGAGUUUGAGUCAUCCCAAGAAAAUAAAACUGAUGACAGCUCUCAUAAUGGUCCAACUCUGGAAAUUCGAAUACCGGCAGAAUAUGUUACUGCCACAAAUCGCCAAGUUAGAGGUGGCCAAUUAUGGGGGACAGAUAUUUACACAGAUGAUUCGGAUCUUGUUGCUGUUCUUAUGCACACAGGAUACUGUCGCCCAACAGCGUGCCCUCCUCCAUCUGCCAUUCAUGAGUUACGGGCAACCAUUCGAGUGCUACCGCCACAAGAUUGCUAUACAUCCACUUUGAGAAACAAUGUACGUUCUCGUGCAUGGGGUGCUGCAAUUGGUUGUAGUUAUCGUGUUGAAAGAUGCUGCAUUGUUAAGAAGGGUGGCGGUACCAUUGAUCUUGAACCUUGUUUAACUCAUACAUCAGCCGUGGAGCCUACUUUGGCUCCAGUAGCUGUUGAACGGACAAUGACUACAAGAGCUGCUGCAUCGAAUGCAUUGCGACAGCAAAGAUUUGUUCGAGAGGUCACCAUACAGUACAACCUAUGCAAUGAACCUUGGAUUAAAUACAGUAUAAGCAUAGUUGCUGAUAAAGGAUUGAAGAAGCCCCUCUAUACUUCUGCACGCUUGAAGAAGGGAGAAGUUUUGUACUUAGAAACACAUUCAAACAGGUACGAGCUUUGUUUCAAUGGGGAGAAAAUGAUCAGUGCAAACUCUCAGGCAAUGGAAGGAGAGACAGAAAAACAUCAAACUCAUAAUUCACAUGCCCAAAAUGGUGAAAGAAGUGUGGACCGUGAAACAAUGACUGUCAAUGUAUUUCGGUGGUCUCACUGUAAGAAACCCCUUCCCCAAAAAGUCAUGAGAACAAUCGGUAUCCCACUGCCCCUUGAACAUCUGGAGGUAUUGGAGGAGAAUCUCGACUGGGAAGAUGUGCAGUGGUCACAAACUGGUGUUUGGAUAGCUGGAAAAGAAUACCCACUUGCACGGGUGCAUUUUCUCUCCCCAAAUUAGACCAAGUUGUGAUACUUAUGUAUGUACAAGUAAAUUAUGUAUAAUGCAUAUGUUGACGCCCUUUUCUGUC